GCGCAUAGAUAAUAAAGAAUGGAUAGGCCAUCGCUAUAUUAAUCGUAUAGAGGGAAGUGUGCCGGAAUGGGGAAGAGAGAAAGACAGAUUUUAUUAAUGCCUCUCACUCUAGCAGAGGUCUUAUCAUAAAUUAUAUUUUGUGAUUAUUAUCAUUGAUGGAUGUAUAGAUAAUAGAUAUUGGAAUUUAUAAAUUAUUAAAAUUAUUAUUAUAAAAUGUAAUAUAACUAUUGUAUAUUGUAUAAUAAUAUAAAUUUAAUUGUAGUAAUUGUACCUGUUGGCUGUUACCUAUAUUAUUAUUCAUUUCAUCAUUUAUUUUGACUAGUUUACUCCUAAGUCCAAAUUGAAUAUUUAUAUUAGAACUAUGGUUCAUAUUUACAAAGUUUGUAAUGUUUCAUCGAAGGAUAAUAAAGAUUUACCAUUUCAUAGAUUUCCUAAGAAUUUGGAAAAAAGGCAAAAAUGGGCAUCAGCAUUAGGGUUGCAACAAAUUGGUGAUUGGCAAUAUGUUUGCGGAAAUCACUUUACAAGUGAUUGUUAUAUAUUUAGUAAUGCUAGAAAAAUAUUAAAGCCAGAUGUUAUACCAUUCGUUGUUCAAUAUUGUUCAGAUAAUGAGUCUUGCACACCAAUUACUUGUACUUCUGAACCUGAUAAUUAUUCAUAUGCCAAUGCUGUACAUUCAUCUCCAAAAAUGUUAAAUAUUGUUGUUCAUAAUUCUGAUGGUGAAUCUUGCUCACCAAUAUCUAAUACUUCUGGAACUGAUAACUAUUCACAAGUGAUUUAUAGAACACCUUCAACACCUAAACGGAAGAAGGAAGAACUAUCUUCUGAAGUGACUUCUCCCAAAAUAUGUCCUAAAAAAAAACUUAUUUGGAAUAGUAGUCGAUUUGGUGAUUUGAGUUUAAGAGAUUUUGAAACACCUAAUCGUGCUGCAAGAAAUUUUAAAGUUAUUAAACACAACUGUUUCACAACUGAGGAGAAAAAUAAAAAUCUGAAACAAAAGUGUAAACGUUUAGAGAAAAAAGUCGAAACAUUAAAUGAUUUAUUGGAGAUUCUGAAGAAGAAGUCAUUAAUGACAGAUUUUGCUGCUGAUAAUUUAAAGGUACCCAUCAUUAUUCUAAUUUUAAUUGUUUACUAAUUAAUUGUUUACUAAUAAAUUGUUUACAUGUUCAUGGGAGAACUUAACCAGACUUUGUUAUUGUCAACACAUAGGUACCUAGUACCUACAUCAAAUAAAACAAUGAAAUGUCAUUAACAACAAAAUUUGAAAAUUAACAACGUAAUUUUUGUUAUAUUAUGUUUAUAUAUUAAUUUAAUAUCUUUAGUAUCUUUUGAUAUUUUAUGUUAUAUGAUAUGUAGUAUUAAGUAUAUUGCAGUGUUCCCUAAACUUUUUGCAAUAGCGACUCAUAAAUUAUUUAAUCUUUAUGGGGUACGUAACCUCUACUAAAAAAAAAUCAAGUGUGCCAUAAAUAAUUAAAAUUUUUUUGUAAUCAAU